AUGUCCGUUGUUAUGGGAAUGGCACACCCAGCUCCUACUCCACCUAAAAGGCUACAAUCCCCACCCCCGAAACAUCUUGCACCUCCUAGACAGGCUGUCAAGGCUGGAAAGCAGGAAAAAUUGAAAGCUGCUGAAAAAGGUGAAAAAGAAAAGGUAGUAAAAAGGAAGAACGACAACCCUCUAUAUAAUAGACUAGAAAAAGAAGCUGGGAAAGAACUUGAACACUUUGGAAUUCUCCUACGGCAUGAUGAAAGCAGAAAAACGAAAAAGUAUAUUGCUCGUAUCGGGGAGGACACUGAAAAGGCACGACGAAAAGCUGAAAAUAAGCAAGGCUUAGGAAACAAGGACAAUGCAGGAAAUGUGAAUGGAGAACAGGACAGGGCAAGUUUGUUACAGAUGCAAUGGAAGUGCAAAUGCUCGUUUACAGAUAGACCAUUACCGGAAAAAGGCACAGGAGAUGAUUACACUGAAGCCCGGCUCAAGUUGCUGAAACAUAUCCUGAAAAAUGCACAAAAGCAUUCCUUAUACCCUUUCCACUCUACAAUACAGAAAAUGUCAAAGACUAGUAGCAGAAAGUCUAAGUUAUUCUCACUCUCAACAAGACUUACCUCAGAGGCUAAUUCAGAGCUAGAAAACUAUGGAAUUCGAAGACAGGCAGGAACAGGAGAAGGAGGAAAGCCUGUGUUCAUUAUUGCAGAUAAAGGAUCACCAAGUCAGACAAACGUGAAAUGGAAGUGCGGUUGCCCGAUCAGUGACAGACCUCUACCCCAAGGUACAGGAGAUGAUGACUCAUUAGCAGCAUACGACCUUCUUUUGAACCUUAUGCAGGAGGCAAAGGAUCAUGAAUGUGAAAACCAUAGUAGAAAGGAUAAAGCAAGAGAUAUUUCCCGUGUAAAGGAUGCUCGCACAAUUUACAUGUUCCAGUUGAACAAGGCAAACAAAGGUGACCGCCAGUCGACAGAUGAAGCCUGA